UUUUUCCAUUUGUCCCCCACCCGCAUAUACCUUUUCCAUGCGUGUCGCCUUCUACCCUCGUACUCGCUCCCUUCACGAAAAGCAUGAAAUUACUUCCCCGUUAAGCUAAUCCAAAGCGCGAUACUACAAAAGAGAAACCCGGAGAAGCGAUGGGGGAGAAAUAGAAGAGAAGUAGAGGGCGCUCAUGGAGGUGGAGAAGAAUUCGGCGCCGGAUUCGGGGGCGACGGAGAUCGCGUUCUUCGACGUGGAGACGACGGUGCCGAGUUCGCGAGGGUCAGGGUACGCGCUGCUCGAAUUCGGCGCCGUGUUGGUGUGCCCUAGGAGGCUGGUGGAGGUGGGGAGCUACUCCACCCUCAUCCGCCCCGCCGACCCCUCCGCCAUCUCCGCCGCCUCCGUCCGCUGCAACGGCAUCACCCCCGACGUGAUCGCCAACGCUCCUUCCUUCGGCGAUGUCGCCGACACCGUCUUCGCCAUCCUUCAUGGGAGGGUUUGGGCAGGUCACAAUAUCAUAAGAUUUGAUUGCUUGAGGAUAAGGGAGGCGUUUGCAGAGAUUGGGCGGCCACCGCCGGAGCCAAAGGGGAUGAUCGACACCUUGCCAUUGUUGACCCAGCGGUUCGGUCGGAGAGCUGGUGACAUGAAGAUGGCAAGCUUGGCAACUUAUUUUGGCCUCGGACAACAGAAGCACAGGAGCAUAGAUGAUGUCCGGAUGAAUCUGGAAGUUGUCAAGUAUUGUGCCACAGUGUUGUUUUUGGAAGCAAGUCUCCCAGAUAUACUUUCCGUGAACAGUUUGGUCUACGAAAACAGGGAUUCCUCUGAGCUUGUGGCUCAUAUAGACGGAAUGAAGUUAGAUUGUGCGCAAACAGAUGCACUUAUUGAAGGUUGCAGUGGUUCUUCUAGGUUCUUAGAGCCUCAUGAAGUAUCUUCUAAACAUAUAAGUGCUCCAAUUAUCCCCUUCUAUCAAUCUGGUCGAAGAAUAGUUAUACAUCACAAAGAUAGCCCGCUACAGCUUUGUUGUAUGGGUUUGAGGAUCCAUUUUGGGGUAAGUGCAAAAUUUGUAGACACCGCUGGCCGGCCUAAACUGAAUAUAGUGGUCGACAUCCCUGAGAGUUUGUGUAACAUUUUGGAUGAAUGUGACAAACAAGCUCAGAAGACAUCUCAAGAAUCAGGAAGCACUUCAUUGUGGAGAGCUUUGAUUAGGAAGGAUGGCUCCUUGCGUCCUACCAUGCGCCUACGCAUACCUACCACAACAAAUGGCGAUUCUGCUAUCUACUCGACCGAGAUUUACCAAAAGGAACAAGCUGGGAACAUACAGAAGCUUGUUUUCACUAAAUUAGAUGUUGCUGAGCUUGAUUCCUUGUUUAUUCCGGGAAGUGUUCUUGAUGCAUUCUUCUGUCCCGAGUUAUAUGACUAUCAGCAGAAUGCGGGUAUAAGACUCGUGGCAAAAAGACUGAUACAUUCCAAAUGGCAUUAAAUUAUUUAGUGGUAGGAAGUAAUUAUUCACUAUUUGCUUCCCAAGUAGCACCAAUUUGGUAGUUGUAGGAUGAAAUUGUUAACUAAUUGCGUGUAAGAAAUUUGUUGUAAACUAUCCUCGUUGCCAAAAGUUGAUGAAGAAUGUCACUAAUGUAAGACAGUAGAUUUUAUUUGCAAAUGAAAGAUUGUUUGUUGAAA